AUGGAUGGAGAAAAAUUCGAGCGUGUCCUCGGAAUGCUCUGGAACCCUAAUACCGACGAGCUAGGAUUUUCUACUCACAUGAAAAAUGAAGUACAUGAUCUUUUGCAAUCUGGCAGCAGGCCUACGAAACGACAGGUUUUACGAUGUGUGAUGUCACUGUUCGACCCCCUGGGCAUACUCGCGCCAUUUAUUAUUCACGGAAAGGUGCUAAUUCAAGACCUUUGGCGAUCGGGGAUCAACUGGGACGAUGAGGUUGGAGACCUAAUAUUUACACGUUGGAACGAGUGGGUUAAGAUGAUCGAUUUUAUCCAAACCGUCCGAUUACAUCGUUGCUAUUUCGCCAAUGCCACAAAGCUUACAUAUAAGAAUACUGAACUCCACGUUUUUGUGGACGCAUCCGAAGUUGCGUACUCUUGCGUGGCUUAUUUUCGAGUUGAGUACGAUGAUGGAACGUCUGACGUUACUUUAAUUUCGGGUAAAGCUAAGGUGGCUCCUUUAAAACCCAUGUCUAUUCCGAGACUAGAGCUUAUUCAGAGCUGUCUCUUAGGAGCCCAACUUUCGAGCUUAAUCAAAGAGAAACACGAUAUUGCAAUUUCCCGUACGAUACUUUGGACCGAUUCAAGGACAGCACUCUCCUGGAUACAUUCGGAUCCCCGCAACUACCGUCCAUUUGUAGCACAUCGAGUCGGCGAGAUUUUAGAGCAGACAACUCCAGCAAACUGGCGGUGGGUGCCUUCCAAGUCAAACCCGGCGGAUGAAGCAACUAAAUGGGGAUGUGGUCCGUAUUUCACAAACAAUUCAAACUGGUUCACUGGGCCAAGCUUCCUUCGGCUAUCGGAACGUCACUGGCCAAGUAUAGUCGGAAAGGUAAACAGUACUGAAGAAGAACUGCGAGCGUCGGUCUUUCUUCACAUAGAAUAUCAACCGAUAAUUUCCUACGAGAGAUUCUCUCGUUGGGAACGUCUUCAUCGAGCAAUUGCCUACGUCUUCAGAUUUGCCUAUCACCGUAAGGUUCCUAUCAGUCUAUCUAGUCCUUUGCAACAAUCAGACUUGUUAGCUGCAUCACAUUUGAUAUUUAAACAGGUUCAACUAGAAGUCUACCCACAAGAAAUGGCUACUUUGGGAAAAGGAAGCGGAGGAGUGCUCGAAUCAAGUAGCCCGCUUCGUAAGUAUGCACCGUUUCUCGACGAGGAAGGUCUGCUUAGAGAGAACAGUCGAAUCCGAAAUUAUGAGUCCGUAGAGUUUGGAAUGCGCUUUCCUAUAAUUCUACCUACAAAGCAUCGCGUGACAUUUCUAGUCGUAGACUCUUAUCAUCGCCGUUAUAAUCACGCCAAUUUUGUAACAGUAGUAAACGAGGUACGCCAACUAUAUACCAUCCCAGGACUUCGCUCAUUAGUCAAAAAAAUAUGCCGAGAAUGUAGAACGUGCAGAUUACGAAAUGCUAAACCUGUUUCACCCCCAAUGGCACCUCUACCAGUCGCUAGGCUAGCCGAUCGUAAUCGUCCGUUCACCUUUACUGGCCUAGAUUACUUUGGACCGCUUCUGGUUAUUGUGGGCCGUUCCAGAGUAAAAAGAUGGAUUGCACUUUUUACUUGCCUCACUACUCGCGCUGUUCACCUUGAGGUGGUUUACUCAUUAUCCACCACUUCGUGCAUUUUCGCUGUUCGGAGAUUCGUUAGCCGGCGAGGCGCUCCUUCUGAGUUCUACUCAGAUAAUGGUACGAACUUUGUAGGUGCUUCCAACAUACUACAAGACCAAAUUCGUCAAGAAAUGAUGAACACCUUUACCAACUGCUACACGAAGUGGCACUUCAAUCCACCAGGUGCUCCUCAUAUGGGUGGCGUAUGGGAGAGACUUGUGCGAUCAGUUAAAACAGCUUUGAAUGACGGGUAUAGCAAGGGUAAAUUGGAUGACGAAGGGCUUAUGACUUUGAUUGUGGAGGCCGAGGGCAUAGUUAACUCAAGGCCUCUGACCUACCUUCCUUUAGAUUCUGCUGAGUACGAGGCCCUUACUCCAAACCACUUUCUCUUGGGGAGUUCCAACGGGAUCAAACAGCCUCCAGUUCCUAUUGAGCAACAUCGAAAUCUGAAAAACACUUGGGCCUGA